GUCGUCGUUUACAAAACAAAAUGGCUGUGCAUAAAAUGUGUGUCGUCCUGGGACUAGUUGCGCUAGCUCAUGCAGCUUAUUCCGCUGCUCAACAUCGCACUUACCUUAGACUCACAGAACAGGAAUUUACAAUGCUGCCACCUGAUAUAUUUCUUCAAUGUGCCCUUGGACUACUGAUUACUUGCUAUGGAGUUGUGAAUGUUGCUGGGAAUUUUAAAGAAAUCAAAGCCAGUGCAGAGCAAGAUAAUAAAACAUGGGAGAUGCUUGCAAACAGACAGGGUUUCAACAUUUUUCACCACAGAGGCAAAGCAUUAUUCCAGAGACGAACUGCAUAGAUUUACCAUUGAUUUGUGAUCUUAUUAGCUGCAAUGGACAUUGAUAGUGUUUAAACAUUUUUGAUAUUCCAUAUAGUAUGAGGAAACACUGUUACUGCCCUUGAUUGAUUUUAAAAAUUAUUUUUUUGUCUGUUUAUGCACUUAUUUUGUUAGUAUGUUAGUCGUUGAGAGUUUAAGUAUGUUUCUUUUGAACAUUGUAUGUUCUUUAUAAGAUCUGUAGGGUUGCUUGAGUUUAGAUGCGCUGAACAAAUAAUUUAAUAUGACUAGGUGAAAUGCGCAUACAUCUUUUUAAGUGCCUUUGAUUUAUUUUGAAAAUCAAGACUUAAAACUUUUAGUGUGACUGAGACAUGUUGUAGGUGUGUGUAAUCAUGUUUUUUUUUUUUUUUACCAUUAGUCAUACUCCCAUCAGCUAUUUAACAUCUCAUCUGAUCCUGUAAACAGCUAAUUGAAUUAAUUGAUGACAAGUGCUCAUGAGGAUACAUAGUUAAUUGACUAGAGUUUCAUUCAAAUAGUCAAUUCACCUCUGUUAAAUUAACUUGAAAAUUAAAUUCAAGUAUUGUUGUUAACUUUGUAGUAAUACUGUUGUUAUUUGUGUUUUACAAGUCAGUAACUAUAGAAAAAUGAUUGUUAUUGUACUUGUAUAACUGUAUGCGUGUAUUGAGUUGGGCAUUACUUGAAUUGAGUGUGUUCAUGAUGGUAGUCUAGUUGUGACACUUGUAAGGAACUGUUUAAAAUUUAGAUAAUUGUAUGUGUCUAGACUUGGAAUGUUUUAUCAAAGGCAAUAAUAAAUUAAUUUGUGUAAUUGAGGUUAGUUUAAGUGCAGAAAAUAAUGCUUGUUUUGUCACUCAACACUAAGAUAGAUUUUCUUUUAUUUUGAUGUUUCAGUGUUUGCAUCUGCAUAUUCAAAGAUGCUUGCCAGUUACAAUGGUUACAUGUCUUGUGAUGUGAAUACUCAACUUGUUUGUUAGCAAAGGAUGUUGUAACAGUUAUGGUAUAAAGGUUUCAUAGAUGCUGUUGUUAGCAUAUGAUUUUAUGCUAGUCUUUGGUGUGUAUGUGUGACCAGAAUCCUGUCAGCAAGUAAUGUCAUAUGUCAUGCUAGUCUUGGGUGUGUAUGUGUGACCAGAAUCCUGUCAGCAAGUGAUGUCAUAUGACAUGCUAGUCUUUGGUGUGACCAGAAUCCUGUCAGCAAGUGAUGUCAUAUGUCAUGAUGAGUAGGUGAAACCAGAAUUAUGCAAUGGUGAGCAGUUGAUUCCAUGAUGUGCCAUGCCUGUCUGUUAAUGUUACUUUAAGACUUGAAUGAUUUAAAUAUUUGAUGUAAUUGGAUUAAAUAUUUAUUUAUUACUUUUAA